CUCUGCUGAGAUCCCAAUCUGGGCCCUCGGUUCCCGCCCCAGAAACACAGGAACAGGCACUCGGAGACCUGGCCCCACACUCCUUGCUCCAAGGGGCAGGCAGGACAGGCUGAAAAUAGAAACCACUUCCAAAAAGAUAAAGCCCGGGAGCCCCCGUCUGCACAGCCACGCCGAAGGGACGCGCGCGCACACACACAGAACAGCCCGCUGUCCACCCCCGGGGUCAGCCUCUCCCCAGACCCUGUCCGCCUCAGAACCCCAGGACACGGGCCCAUCGCGCCUUCCAGAGCCCCGGUGUGCGCAUGUGGAGAGCGGAGUGGUUUGGGGGGGCGUCCGGUGGGAGGAGGAUUUGAUUCCUGUUUCCUGCUCCUACUCACUCAGCCCCAGGAGGUGACUGAGAGUGGAGAGGACUCCAGGGGGAUGACUCCAGCAGAGCCCCCCACUCCUUUGAAAAGCUCAAAGGAAGAUGUCAGACCCGUCUCUUCCUGUAGCGACACCCCCUACCCAGAAGCCCCCUCGGAUCAUCCGCCCACGCCCCCCGUCUCGACCUCGGGCUGCCCAGUCCCCGGGGCCCCCCCACAACGGCUCUUCUCCUCAAGAACCUUCCGGCACCUCCAAUGAUGCCCCGACCCCAAUGUGCUCCCCCAUCUUCUGGGAACCCCCCGCCCCUUCCCUCAAGCCCCCUGCCCUUCUGCCCCCUUCAGCCUCUAAAACCAGCCUGGACUCCCAGGCCUCCCCAGACUCCCCUCCCAGCACCCCCAGCCCGGUGUCCCGGCGCUCCGUCUCCCCGGAGCCUGCACCCAGGUCUCCAGUACCCCCACCCAAACCCUCGGGGUCACCCCGCGCGCCUCUGCCCCCGCCCCAGGACGGCCCUGCCUCGGCCCCCGGCACGGUGCGGAGACUGGCUGGCAAGUUUGAAUGGGGGGCCGAGGACCGGGCCCAGGCUGCACACCCCGCGGAGCCAGCUCCCCAGGGGGGCGUGGAUGUGAAUGGGGAGAGAGAGACCCCGCGGGGCAGCCUCCGGAGAAGGGGAUCCCAGGAGAACGGCGCGCCGGAUGCCGCCCAGGCCUGCCCUCCCUGCUGCCCCUGUGUCUGCCACGUGGCCCGGCCGGGCCUGGAGCUCCGGUGGGUCCCUGUGGGGGGCCAUGAGGACGGUCCCAAGGCCGUCUGCCGAGCCUCCCCGCUGCGGGCCUCCCGCUCCCGCCCCAACCCUCCCAGCAACAGUCUCCCCUCGGUGGUCCUCACGUCCUACCGCUCCACCGCCGAGCGCAAACUCCUGCCACCUCUCAAACCCCCAAAACCAACGCGGGUCAGGCAGGACCCCACCAUCUCUGUGGACCCCCCUCAGCCUGAUCUCCAUGUGCCCUCUGAAGAUGGAAGCCAAACAGGGGUCAGUCCAGAUGAAGUCCCUCAGAAUGAUGCUCCAGCAACUGUGGAGGGCAGGGAUGAGGGCCUGAAGGAGCUGAAGGAGCAGAACUGGGAGGUGCCGCUGCAGGAUGAACCCCUGUACCAGACCUACCGCGCGGCCGUGCUGUCGGAGGAGCUGUGGGGGGUCAGCGCGGAGGGGAGCCCCUCUCCAGCGAGCCCCGGAGAAGCCCCCGCCUUCGCCCGGCUCCCUGGCCCUCGGAACACGCUGUGGCAGGAGCUGCCGGCCGUGCGGGCCAGCGGCCUCCUGGACACGCUCAGCGCCCAGGAGCGGCGCCUGCAGGAGAGCCUGUUUGAGGUGGUGACCUCCGAGGCCUCCUACCUGCGCUCCCUGCAGCUGCUGACCGACACCUUUGUGCGGAGCCAGGCCCUCCGGGACACGCUCACCCCCCGGGACCACCACACCCUCUUCUCCAACGUGCAGAGGGUCCAGGAAGUCAGCGAGUGGUUUCUGGAGGCGUUACUGUCCCGCGUGCGCUCUUCCCCCCACAUCAACGACCUCUGUGACGUGGUGCAUGUCCACGCCGUGGGCCCCUUCUCCGUGUACGUGGAUUACGUGCGCAACCAGCAGUACCAGGAGGAGACCUACAGCCGCCUUAUGGACACCAACGUGCGCUUCUCGGCGGAGCUGCGCCGGCUGCAGAGCCUCCCCAAGUGUGAGCGGCUCCCGCUGCCGUCCUUCCUGCUGCUGCCCUUCCAGCGCAUCACGCGGCUCCGCAUGUUACUGCAGAACAUCCUCCACCAGACAGAGGAGGGGUCCAGCCGCCAGGAGAACGCCCAGAAGGCCCUGGGUGCCAUCAGCAAGAUCAUCGAGCGCUGCAGUGCUGAGGUGGGGCGCAUGAAGCAGACAGAGGAGCUGAUCCGGCUCACGCAGAGGCUGCGCUUCCACAAAGUCAAGGCCCUGCCCCUGGUCUCCUGGUCGAGGCGCCUGGAGCUGCAGGGGGAGCUGACGGAGUUAGGGUGCCGGAGAGGGGGCAUGCUCUUCACCUCGCGCCCCCGCUUCACCCCCCUCUGCCUGCUGCUCUUUAGUGACCUGCUGCUCAUCACGCAGCCCAAGAGUGGGCAGCGGCUGCAGGUGCUGGACUACGCCCAUCGCUCCCUGGUCCAGGCCCAGCAGGUUCCGGACCCAUCUGGACCCCCUACGUUCCGCCUCUCCCUUCUCAGCAACCACCAGGGCCGCCCCACCCAGCGGCUGCUCCAGGCUUCCUCCCUAUCAGACAUGCAGCGCUGGCUGGGAGCCUUCCCCACCCCUGGCCCCCUCCCCUGCUCCCCAGACACCAUCUAUGAGGACUGUGAAUGUUCCCAGGAUACCUGUUCAGAGCCUUCUACACCAGUCAAGACUGAGGGACCGAGUCCGGAGUCCAGGGCUGCCCCCAAGAACCUACACAAGAGCCCUGAAGGGUGGCUGAAGGGGCUUCCCGGGGCCUUCCCUGCCCAGCUGGUGUGUGAAGUCACAGGGGAACAUGAGAGGAGGAGGCACCUGCGCCAGCACCAGAGGCUCCUUGAGGCUGUUGGACCCUCUUCAGCAACCCCCAGUGCCCCCCAAUCCUAAUGCAUGCUGGGGAGGGCGCGCAGGCUGGCAGGACAGCUGGCAGCGUGGCACCGAGAGGACAAAGCUCAUCUAUCUAUUGGAUUCGCUGUCAAGUGGAAAUACUACCUCUAGUGGCAACCAAUAGGGACCAAGCUUCGGGACAAGGCAGCCAAUGAAAUCAGGACGGUCGGAGCCCAGGCAACGAGGGAGAAUGAGGCUGGUCUGAGUGUGUUGCCAGUGGAGACAGAGGCUUAGAGCAGAGCUGGCUCACCUGGACCCAAGAGAUCAGCAGUGACUCUCUUUGGUUCUAUAGCAACCACCAGCCCUGCCCUUUGAACCUAAGAAGUAUUAGAUUUCAUUCUCAGGGUGUUUCCUGUGUCCUCUCAAGCCAAAUUUUCUUUUCUAGAAGAAUCCAGAGUGUGUUUCUCGGAGAAUGUGUGUGUGUGUGUAUCUGCUGAGUGGUGUGUGUGUGUGUGUGUGUGUGUGUGUGUGUGUAUCUGCUGAGUGUGUGUGUGUGUGUGUGUGUGUGUGUCUGCUGAGUGUGUAUGUGUGCGAUCUUGCCUCCUCCCAGAUGACUGACUGCCCCGUUCUCCCCUCGGCCCCCGUUUUAACUAUUAUUCUCUCGGAGAAAGACCGCAGCCUGAGAGCCAGAGGAGAAGGAGCUGGAUGUGGCUUGGCAGCCGGAGGCCAGAGCCGGGGCGAGAGCCCUGGGAUCUGGCUCUCUUGGGGGCCGGAGUCCCUGACACUGGAGGGUGAUGUUCUGGAGCAGACAAGCAGCCUGGCGGAGCAGCCCCAGGGGCUUGUGAAGAUGGCCAGUGACUGGGGUGCGAGGGCCCCCGAAGCCCACCAGCCCUUCUCCUCGCCCCAAAGCGUGGCAUCUGUGAUCUUUGCUGGGAAAGCCCCCAACUGAACUGUAAUCAGUGUCCAGCCGUGGCCUCGGACCCCAGGACACGGAAGCUGUGGAUCAGGGGCCAGCUGAGGAGCUUCUGGGCUUUCCUGCCUUCAUCCCGGUCCUCUCACAGAGACGUGGGGCCAAGCAGUGGGCAGAGAAUGGAGGGCGUCUUCUUCUGGAUGAGAAAUUGCCCCCGUGCGAGGCCAGGAGGAGGCGAGGGACUGACAGAGGAGCAGACAGUGGCCGGCGGCGAGUGGGGCCCGGGCCUGGCACAGGCCUCUGAGCGAGGCCUCUGCACCUUCCCUUCACUCACGCACAGACACUUGCCCGGGACAGAAGCCGCCACGCUGACCACGGGAGGCGCAGGGACUGUCAGAGACGCAGAGGGAGAACGGCGCUGGCAUUGGCGUGUCUGUGACUUAGGAGAUUCGCCGGGCACAGGGCCUGGCAUAUGAGAAACCUUCAAUAAAUGCUGGGGGCUGUACUGAGGUUCUCUGGGGGGCUGUGUGCUUAAGGGAGCCGUGGUUUCCCGGUGUGGCUCUGUGAGGUGGGUGGGGCUGGCUGGAAAGGGAUUCUUCCAGAGCAGUCAGUUCUGCUGGGAACUGGGCUUGGAGACGAGGCACAGGCUCCAGCGUGUCGGCCCACGCACCCCUGCCCGGGGACCCAGGGCUGCGGUGGCGGGGCGUUUGCAGGUGGCGGGAGGUGGGGGGCUCCUGCAGGGUCGGGGAGAAGAUAGGGCAGCGCCAGGAAUGGCUGGGGCUCCAGGGGCGGAUGGAGGUGCGAGGAGCAGGAUGAAGAGGGCAGUCAGCAAUAAAGGUCUUUCCCGACCAGCCAAGCAGCCCUGGGUUUAAUCCAAUCAGUUCCACACCUGUUUCCCGAGUGCCUCCUAUGUGCCAGGCACUGUUCUAAGAUCCGGGGACACAGAGAUGAAGAACACAAGGGCCCUGUCCUCCAGGAGCCUCCAUUCUGGGUUAUGGGCCAGGUGGGAAGAACGAGUCCCAAUUGUGAACAAUUUAAUGAGCAAGAUAAAGGCAGGUGGCAGCUAUGGAGAAAAUACAGCAAGGGCUGUGAUACAGAAUACU